AUGACCACUAGGGCGGCGUCACGCGCGAACGACGGCGACGAGCCCCCCGAUGGCGCCAGUGGCGAGCAGCAGCAAGGCGGUGCGCCCGCCGACACGGCAGCAGAAAGCGCGUUGGACCUCAACCAGCCCGCCGAGGGCUCACCUCCCGCCGCCGGGGGUGCACCACAGGGGCGCGCCCAAGGCGAAGGUGCCAGCGCCGGCGAGAGGCGCGGCAAUCAGCCGUCUGGCGACCAGCCCGACGCUCGGCGUGGAGGCCUGCAGGACGGAGGUCAACCCACCUUUGCCGACAUGGGCCAGCUCAUCCGUGGCAUGACGGAGAGCAAUCGGGCCAUAGCCCAGAGCAUAACCUCUAGCAUCACCUCCGCCCUUGGCAAUGAACCUAGGGCUGACGAGGGCAGGGCCGCCCGCACAUCCCUCUCGGCUCGAGUGACCCGCACGUACGACGACGGGAUCCCAAGGCUCGAGGGGGAGAAUAUCACGCCCCAGCUUAUGGCCGAAUGGUUGGCGCGCUUCACAGCGUGGGCUAAUAUUCGAGACUCGGUCUCGAACUGGGGUCUCGAGGUUCGAUCGAGUGGACGCCAUCGGUUAUAA